AUAAUUGCACUUUCGUAAAUUGCGAAAUUCUAACUGUAGGUUAUCUUUUCGCAGUCGAUGAUGUAGUUAUAAACACGAUUGAGGUUAUCCGCAGAUUCGUUAAUAUUUAUUGUUAUUUUUGUGAAUUUAACUGUAUAAAUGACAAAAAGUAAUAAUGACGAGCUCUGCAGAUGUUGUAACGGGAAGAGUUCAAGCAUAUUUACUUUUACCACUUGUUCAGCGAUGCAAAGAGCUUGCUACGCUUAUCGAUGAAUUAAGCACAACUGAAUUGCAGCAUAUCUUUCCAGUACUUAUAGAUUCCUUAUUUGGAAUAUCGGAUAAUAUUGGUUGGGGUCUCCAUACUAUAAGUUUGAAAAAAUAUCCCCAAGAAUAUGAGGUGCUUUGUAAUUUUUUAAGUCCACAGGGUCCAAUAUUUUCUCUAUGUUAUAAAUUACUUCCAGAUUGCUAUUUAAAAUAUAACUUUCCAGUGUCAUAUCUGCCUUCUAAAAUUCGACACAUGCUAGAAGAAGGAAUUAUUCCUCCAUUUUAUUCUGAUAAACUGAGAGACGAUCAUGGUAGUCGUUUUUCAACGGUUUUAGUUGCAAAUCCUUUCGAGUAUUACAUAUUUCAUUUUGCUUAUCAUUUGACAAACCCGUGGUUGCAAAUUCAACAACAAGAUAAUGUUUGGGUUAAUUGGGAGACGGUAUAUGUUGAAUUAGCUAACUGUUAUCUUUUUCACUUUUUACCAAGAGAUAAUUCAGCAGUAUUACCUAUUAUUGGACCGUAUGUCAAAAAAACUCCUCCUAGAAAAUUAAUGCAAUCGACAGAUACAAAAAGGUUACAAACUUCGCGUCUCUUGAGGACAACCAUACUGUCUCCUCAUUCUACAAGUCCUAAUUCUACAGUACCGCAGCAACAAUGUUUGCCACAGGUUUGGCGAAGUGAGACUAUUGUACAGGUUUUCCUUGAUUUCUGGUUAGAAUAUACAGAAGAGGAGCAAUUUUCUUCAAAUAGAACUCCACAAGCAACUGGGUCUUUACCACGAAGACAUAGUAUACAUUCUGGAGAACAUAUUAGACUCGUUAGGACAUUUAUUAAAACAUUACAUGAAUUUGCAAAUAGUGCCAUCGGUGAUAAAAGUGCCAUGAACGAACUGAAAAGAGUAAUUCUUCCAUCGGUACAAGGAAAAAUUUAUACUUUCUUGAGAAAGGCCAUUCAUCAUUGGCCGCUCGAUAGUUCUUUUAGAUUAAUUUUAGAAGCUUGGUUAAGUUUUAUUCAGCCUUGGAGAUAUAUUCAAGGAAUUGGAUAUACAAAAAAAUUUGAAGACGAAGAAAGAGGAAAAAUCCAUGAUCCAAAUAAGUGGAUAUCAUUUAUUGCCAAUAAUUUAUUAGCUUACACUGCAAUAUUUCAGCAACUAUUACCACGGUUUAUGAGAACAGAUCUUAUAGCGCCAAAAAAUGCUCAUAUGUUAUUUAGAGUAACAAAGGUAUUUUCUCAACCUAAUUUAGCGAAAAUUUUAUUGGAGGUUGAAAAUUGUAUAGAUGAUAUGGCAUCGAUGCGAAAUCGCUCGACAAAUCAAUGGACAGGUACAGUUCGUCAGCAAAUUCUUGAAUUAGAAGGACAAUCUUAUCAAUAUAUACCCAUGUUUUCUCCAGCCACUAUAUCACAAGUAAUUUGUUUUUUAAGUACAAUAAAACAAGCUCAUUUAACAUCAACGAGCUUAGUCGAGGCCCUAGAAAAGAGAAGAACAGGUAGACGAUUCCUUAUAUCAAUUUGGGAAUUCUUUAAUGGUGAUGAUACCUCAUCCGACGAUAUUAGUUUAGAGGAGAGAAAGAGGGUGCCAAUAUUUCUGGCAAAUGCUCAGCAACAAUUGAUCGAAAUUUUCCAGGUAGGCCAGGUAAACGUAGAAGAGAUCCCUCAGUCUACUCUAGUAGCCGAUCAUGAGUAUCACGAGAGCAUUUUAUCAACGUCAUUUUGUCACCAAUCACAAAUGGAUUCGAGCUUAGAUUCGAGCAGACCAGGAGUUUUUGUUCCGAUUCAGGAAGGACGACAAAAUUGCCGAUACAUCGAAUACAUGGGAGAUCCGGAACUGCAACCAGUUCGUAGCUAUGAAAGUGCUUUUCUAGUCAGAUUCUUUUAUCAAUUAUGUAAUCACUUCAAUACCAAGUAUCAACAUGAAUUGGUGGGAGCGUAUACUAGAGAAGACUUUUUGGGGAGAAUCACGCGGCAGAUUUUGAAACCUCCGACAACGGUUGUGCAGUUGCCUAAACGAACGUCAAAUGGUUUUUCUUCUGGUUAUGAAAAACGACUUCCUCCACACAUCAGUCUUCGUCCAGCAGCUAACUAUAACUUUAUGUCAGGAUUAAUUUUGGGAAUGUUCAUUUUUUGGCUUAUAGGUUAUGGGACGACUGCAUUUAUUGGCAUGUUAUUCUUUGCUUGGCUGUGCUACGUGCUAAUUAAGGCCAUUUGCGAGCCAUGGAGUAACAGCAGCAAUGUUACUUCGGCAAAAAGAAUAUCACAAAUGUCCACUAUCCAAUGAAAGUUUAACGAUAAACUUAUAAGUUUUCGAAAAUAUUAAACGAUUAAUAUUUUUAUUUUU